UAUUUCUUGAAGAUAACAGUAAUAGGCACUAUAUGACCAGAGAACUAGACGACACCGUUUGGUUCUAGCUGCAUCUCGAAUAAGCUUUUCUGAUUAUUAGUCUAAACUGAGUCAUUGCUAUUGUUUGAUUGAUUCGUCUGUGUCUCUCUUUUAACUCCAAAAGCAGGUACCAAUGGCUACUCUGGCAGCAGCUGCAGCUCGUCAAGCAGCUUCUCGACUUUCCUCUUCCAAAUCAUCCGCCUCCCUCAUCCACCGCCGUGGCCUUGCCGGCGCUGCAGAUCACCAUGGACCUCCAAGGGUUAACUGUUGGCAAGAACCAAUGAACCCAGCUAUGUGGAAGGAAGAGCAUUUUGUAAUUGUCUCUUUAUCUGGUUGGGGUCUACUCUUUUUUAGUGGAUACAAGUUCUUCACUAAAGGCAAAGGCAACAAGGAAGAGAAACUGAUAGAAGCAGCACACUGAUGUUUGGAGCUUUCAGCCAUCCCUCGACAUUCCUAAUAAUAAUGAGUUUGGUUGGAAAUCACUUGUGAGAUUUCACUUUCUUUGCUUGCAGAUUAUUCUGUUAACCAGCUUGUCAUCUAUUAUAUUGGAGAAUGAUGGAUGAUAUUUAACUUUUAAAUUACAUUUUUGGAAGAAUAAACUACUCUCACUUCUCCUCUUUAUAGUUA